AUGGGAGCAAUGCUAAGUAAAUAUUUCAGUUUCAGUUCAAAGAAAUCCAAAAAUGAUCAAACCCAUUCAGGCAAUCAUCAAGCUAAAGCCUUUUCAAUCACUGAAUUGGCGAAGCCAGAGUGUUUGAAGACAAAGAAGAAGAUCAUCAAGAAGAAGAAGAAGAGUGAACCGAACAAUAACCCACAAGAGAGAUCAGAUGUUAUUGUUAGUAGGAUACUGACUCUUGAGGAAAUGCUAUUAGCUUCUCCUGGUUCAAAGUUCAAGCCAAAUCACAACAAUGGAUCAGGUGAACUCCAUGUCUUCAAACAUUUCUCCAAAAGGGUACACCCUUCUUCUUCUUCUGCUGCUGCUGAAUCCUCUAAAGCAAUUAGAGUGGUUACUGCUAAUACUACAACUGCUACUUCAAUGGAUGUUCAAAGUGGGAAGAAGAAGAGAAAAGUGAGCUUUAGGUUACCAGAAGAGGCUGAUAUCUUCACAUACUAUUACUCAUCCGAGGAGAAACUGGACAACUACACUUCUUCAAUUCUGGAAAAGUGUCAAGAGCUGGAGCAAUCAGCGAAGAAUCAACAAUGCACCCUAAUCACUUUGGGAGCCUCCACCAAGAGGCUAGCUGAAGUGGAAUGCAUAACUCAAGGCCAUCAGAAAAAACAAUGGAGUUAUCAGCAUGCAUUUCCCCCGGAGAUAUCCAGGAAGGGGAUCAUCUUGGAGACUAACUCCUUGAAUGCCUACAACUUUACUAAUCAAUUCACGAACAUCGAUCAACGAACAUCGAUCAACAACUCAAUCAUGAACCCAAUUCUUCUUCUCUUGGCUUCAUUGGCUUACUCUUAUUUCUUGGUCUCAAAAGCACCAAAUGGCCUUCCAAGAUUGUUCUUCAACACACCUACGUUCUACGUUUUUGCCAUCAUUCCUUGGUAUUUCUCUUCAAGCAGCUUCUUCAGAGGAUUAUGGUCUUACUUCAUCACAUGGAUUGCUUCUUUCAAGCUCCUCCUCUUCUGCUUUGACCAAGGUGGACCACUCACUUUCUCCAUAAACUUCAUUGAUUUUCUCUUAUUAACCAUUUUUCCUCUCAAGAUCCGAGAAAGUACCAAUCCUUCUUCACAACUCAACAUGGGUUAUGGUCCAUUUGUGACAUUGGUUUGUGGUGUCACUAUGGUUCGAGCCAUGGCUCGGUACGAACCCGUGCCAAUUUUCAACCAUCCGUACUUGGCAACGUCUCUCCAAGACUUUUGGGGGAGAAGGUGGAACCUUUUGUCUUCGUAUAUCCUCAGAUUGACCAUCUACAAUCCGACCCGAAAGACCUUCACGGGGCUUAUCGGGUUCGGGCCGGCAAAGGUGGUGGCCUUGCUCACAACUCUUGGCGUGUCCGGGAUCAUGCAUGAGGUUAUGUUCUAUUACAUCACUUGCGGGAAGAGACCCGCUUGGGAUGUCACGUGGUUCUUUGUGGUUCAAGGGGUUUGCAUGGUUUUUGAGGGUACACUGAAGAAGCUGGCUCGGAUCAUGGGUUGGACCAUCCUGGUUCACCCGGUUAUUUCGGUUGUUUUUACGAUCGCAUUUGUGGUGGCUACGGGCUAUUGGUUGCUUGUGCUGCCUACCUUGAGGAAGGCACAAAACGAAUGUGGAAUUAGGGUUGAAGGAUUUAGCUUUCAAAUCAUCUAG